UACUGUCAACCAGCGAGGCUAUGCGUGGACAAUUUUGGGAGAAAUAACAAUUUUAAAUGUAUUUGUGGCUGGGGUUUGUGGGCUUCGUGGACUCUCCGUUUGAAAAUCUGAAUUGAAGCUAUGGCAGAUACAGCGAAAGCACUUCUUUCUGUUUCUUUGGCACUUAUCGGUGUUCUAAUAACGAUAAUCUUGUUCUUCAUCUACGCCAUUUUGUUUCGAAUGAAGCGACAGUCAGUGUACCACGUUAGUUACUACGAUGAUACUUCCCAUUCUGGCACCACUGAACAUCAAGCGAUCACCAUCAAAAAAGCUGGACAUGCCAAAACAACGAUGGUGGAACAAGCUGCGGCCGAUGAUGAUGAUGAUGAUGGUAAAGAUACUGAUAGUCUUACUCGUAAUCUUUCCUUCAGUAAAUUCGAGAAACCAGAGAAGUUCGAUAAAGCUGCACAUCAUGAAAGUAUGGAGGGCUCUGACAUAAAAAAAGAGACUGCGGAAACCCUGAACCAAUCAGAGAACGUUGAGCAAGUACAGAUGGCAGAUGAUACCAGUGAUAGCGUGGAUAAAGAAAGCCUCAGACGGGGUUUAACGUUUACUAACUUCGAGGGUCUGAUCGAAUAUGCAAGCACCUUCGGACAAUCGGAGGUCCCAGCGCGUCCUGUAAUGGACGAGCCACCGGACAGUCCUGGGGAUACUGAUACUGGGGAUUAUGAGAGUGUAACCAUUCAGAAACCUGGAAGUUCUGAUUACCCUGGUGGCACAAGGGAUCGAGAAAUCUCUAUGAGACCUUGGAAAACACGGAAAACUAAAGAAAAACCUGAAAUCGUGGGACAACCUGGAAUCGUGGAACAACCUGGAAUCGUGGAACAACCUGGAAUCGUGGAACAACCCGAAAUCAUGGGACAACCCGAAAUCGUGGAACAACCUGAAAUCGUGGAAAAACCGGAAAUCGUGGAACAACCCGAAAUCGUGGAAAAACCCGAAAUCUUGGAACAACCUGUGAUCGUGGAACAAUCCGAAAUCGCAGAACAACCACCACAGAUGACUGAAGUCCCAGAUGUUGCAACGGAUGAAGACAGCCAGAUCCGAGGCUUAUCCUUCAGCAACUUCGACAAACUGAUCGAAUAUGCAAGUGCCAUUGACCACUCGAAGCUACCCGAGCAACCGAUAAUCCCGGAACACCCAGCGAGUCCAUCAAACGCAGACACCCCGGACUUAACCAUGGAAGUGCCAGUCGGAAAUGAUCGUGAACAAUCGGAAACUAGCGAAUACUCGGAAAUUCACCUUGUUCAGGGAGAGAAAGUGGAAAAUACAUUAGUCGUGCACACUUCGGAUAACACCGAACAUAUAUACAGUAUUCCAUUUCGGGGAAGUAGUCAUCCACAAAGAGAAAUUGUUACGGACUCUGCGAAUAUCACGAGGUCCCAAGAAGAAUCUACGAAGCUAGAUCUAGACUAUUAUCAAAACGAGACAAAAUCCGAUCGAUCUUCGGAUACUGACGAAACGGCGGUGGGUCUUCGCUCCGUAAAAAUGAACAAGACCUAUCUACCCGCUGUUAAACCCGAUACCGCUAGCUAUCAAACGCCCUCCAGAGACGAGAAAAUAAAGAGAUACUCAAAUACAAGCGAUACGGCCGAUAGUCUGGGUAUAAUUUCAUUUGGCAGUCCUCAGCAACUGGUCGAGAAACAGGUGACAUUCUCCGAGAAUGAUUCCACCUACAUCGUUGAAACCAAAGGGAAGACAGUUCAGACGUUGGAGUGUGAUGAAACAUCGAAUUUUGAAUUCGUUAAAAUCGUUAAGCAGCAACAAAAGAAGAAACAUUCAUAAGUAUUUAUAGUAAAUUUGAUGUAUUGAGGUUAGUUAUAACAGACGGCCCUGCUGUCAUGCUUCGUUGUCAAGGUAACCGGACGAAGGCGUGUUUCCGUUUGUAUCAAAAUUUACCUUUCAAUAGGAAAUUUGUAUCAUUAUUAUUCAUGUGAAUAUAUUCAAUUUUGUAUUUAUAUAUAGUUAGCUACAGUUAUUCAGUUAUUAGAGUUGCAGUGACUCUAAGACUGUAUGAAAUUUAACUUCGUUCGUUUGUCACAGGGAAGGGAUCUGGAGUCAAUGUCUUUAGCAAUGAAAUAU